ACCGCAUCCACGACCCGCCAUGCAGCUCCCUUCGCUGCUUGCUCUGCUCUUCUUCCCUCUGCUCGUUCUCUCGCAGAACUCGAAUAAUGGCCAAGUCAUAACAAGUCUUUCCACCGGGGUCGUCAUCGUCUCUGGCUCAAAUGGCAGGCAAGAGGCCACGACGACCGCCACAAUCAUCCAGACUCUCACCAACGCCGGAAACAACACGGCACAACCCACGGGCAACGCGACGCAGUCCGGCAACCAGACAUCACCCUCCCAGACUGCUUCCGGGAACUCCUCCUCAUCCACAAUUCCCUACAGCCUACUACCCACCGCGCCCACAUCCAUCGAUGGCGGAGGAGGAGAUGGCGGCGCCCCGUCACCGGGAGCCAGCGGUGCAGGCGGUGUUUACGGGCCAGACGACGGAUACAUCGCCGCAGCUCUGAUGGCCAACGUCAACGUGGUACUCGUGAGCUUAGCCGGGAUACUGGUCGGAGGAGCGUUGGUUUUCGCAUGAGGUAGUUGGGAGAUGUGGUGGGACAGUGGUGUUGGCAACGGACUUGGCUUGGGCUCUGGAUAUGUUGCGUAUAUCGUUUGUCGGACGGUGAUCGCAUAUCUGACUGGAUGGACUGCUCCCCGGACUUUGACAUUUAAGUAUCGAUUACUGCAUUCUUUCACGACGUAAUUUACUGCAUCGUACAUCUCCUCCCAAGUAAUGUAUGCGGCCCCAGAUAUUCAUAGACAUGUGUAAGAAUAAAUGGGUAUUGCCUGAGCGGUCCUUCGAGGUCCUUCGCAUC